UUGACUGUUUGGAAAAAAUCAACUUCGCAAGGGCAAAUAGGUGGAUCGAUACUUCAAAAUGCAGCAACUUAUUCAGAAUAAAGAUGUUGUGAAGUUCAUCUCCGAGACCAAGUACUUCCUGGACGAGUUCGACACGAUCAUCAGCCACUGGGACCUGUCGGGGAAUUUUUUCCUCUACUACCUGAUCGAGAUCCACGAGGGCGUGACGCAGCUGCUGGCUCGGUUCACGACGCUCUCGUUGGACGGCGUCGGCUCGCGGGAGCACGAGCACUUCUUCAAGCUGCAGUGCUGCGGGACAGAGUUUCACAGCGUCAAGGAUCUGCGGCUGCACCACAAUUCGUGUCGUCACAAGAAGUCGGGACACGAGGAACAGGACAAUUGCGAGCUUAAAUCGGCACUACUCAAACUAGCGUUCUUCAACCGAAGGGUAAACGAGUACCUGCAGUACGGAACGGUCGCCGAUCGUUAUCUGUGUCUGUAUCUGAAGAAGAUCCUGAAGAAGAUAAUGAUUACGUUGGACACGUUUGCGCUGUAGGAUCGUUAAAUGCUUAGGUUAAUUACUCUUUACCAAAUAUACAUUUAAUUUAACUCUCUGUGUACGGUAUGAACGUGAUGGUACGAACGGGUUGUAAAUAUGUAAGUCGAACACGUGUUGGACAAUAAAUAAGUUCCUAAUUAAAAGUACGAA